GAUCCACUAAAACAUCGGUAAACUUCUACCGGACUAAACGGCAUCAUAUCCUAGAGGACGGUACUCUUCAAAUGCUUCAAAUUAUAAAUUGCUGGUCGUUCACCUUCUGUACAUUUACUUCUCCGGCUUCUUAACGCCCAUCUUACUCGAUAUUACUCGACAGUGCGUGCAACGUUCGAAAUGUUCGAAUUUGUGCGAUAGUUUUCAUUCGAUUGUGCCUGUCAUUAUUUGUCUGCGUCGUUUGUGUCGUCUGUGUAAUCCGCGAACUUAGUAUCGUUUAGUAUACUGUUAUGUUUGGUGUGGCUGGUAAUAGUGUAGUAUUUGCUCCGUAUUUCUUUCAGUAAAUGUAUAUAGAAAGCUGAGGUAGUGAUAAUUACUAAUAUGUCGAGACCAGAACAUCAGGCGCCACCAGAACUGUUUUAUAAUGAAAAUGAAGCAAAAAAAUACACACAAAAUUCUCGGAUGAUAGAUAUCCAGGUUCAGAUGUCAGAGCGGGCUAUUGAAUUACUCGCUUUACCAGAUGAUGAACCUCAUUUCCUCUUAGAUCUUGGCUGUGGCUCAGGACUCAGUGGAAGUGUGUUGGAAGAUCAAGGACACAGAUGGGUGGGAUUUGAUAUAUCAUCAGCGAUGUUGGAUGUUGCUUUAGAACGAGAAGUAGAAGGUGACCUGUUGCUGGGAGACCUUGGGCAAGGUUUGCCUUUUCGAGCUGGUGCCUUUGAUGGUGCUGUGAGCAUCAGUGCCCUCCAGUGGCUCUGUAAUGCAGACAAAACUAGUCAUCAUCCUACCAAACGAUUAUACAAAUUUUUCAGUUCUCUCUACUCUUGCUUGAGUCGCACAGCAAGAGCUGUGUUCCAGUUCUAUCCAGAGAACAGUGACCAAAUGGAACUCAUGACCACACAGGCCAUGAAAGCAGGGUUUUUUGGGGGUGUUGUUGUUGACUAUCCCAACAGCACAAAGGCAAAAAAGUUUUUCUUGGUUCUUAUGUGUGGUGGAGCUGCACCACUUCCAAAAGCAAUGGUUGAAGCUGAAGAGGAGGAAAGAAUUUCAUAUUCCAGCAAGAGGGAUCAGCUGAAAAAGAUGCGAGGCAAACCUCUAAAGAGGAGCAAAGAAUGGAUCCUAGAGAAAAAGGAACGUCGUCGGAGGCAAGGCAAACCAACCAAAAGUGACACAAAAUACACUGGUCGCAAGAGAAGUGGGCGAUUCUAAUGCCUAGUGUAUAUAAUAAAUUUGUACUAUGCAUAUGUAAUAUAUUAUUAAACUUUUUUUAUAAUUUUUAAGAUGUGAAUCUGUUUUGAAUUUUGCACACACAAAAAUGUUAUUCAUGUUUUAUUUCAAGAUCCAACACACGCAUGAGAAAGCACUGAGCUGUUCUUCAAAAAGAAGAAAAAUGUAAUUUGAAAUGUUUAAUAAAUGAAGGAAAAAACAAA